AUGGAUAUUUCCAAACCAGUGGGAUCAGAAAUCACUCACGUUGAUUUCGGUGUUCUCUCUGCUGAGGACAUACGUAAGCUUUCUGCUAAACAAAUCACAAAUCCUACCGUUUUCGAUAAUUUGGGACAUCCUAUAUCUGGUGGUUUAUAUGACUUAGCUUUAGGUGCUUUCCUUAGAAACUUGUGUGCUACUUGUGGUCUAGAUGAUAAAUUCUGUCCUGGUCAUCAAGGUCAUAUUGAAUUACCAAUUCCAGUUUACAACCCAUUGUUCUUUAAUCAAUUAUACAUCUUUUUAAGAAGUGCAUGUCUUUACUGUCACCAUUUCAGAUUAAAAUCAACUGAAGUUCAUCGUUAUGCUUGCAAACUGAAACUGAUACAAUAUGGUUUAUUGUCUGAACUUGAACCACUUGAUAACAUUCACAUGAGUGGUGCAUCAAUGGAAGCUGAAGAAGGUGAGGAGGAAGAUAAUGCACCAGAUUCUAAUCCACAAGCUGAUCGUGAUUUGAUCGAAAGAAGAGAAGACUUUGUGAAUAGUGCUAUUGCUAAAGCAUUGAGUGAGGGAAGAACUUCAGAAAACGGUGUUAUGACUACAACAGUUCUUGAAGAAAGAAAACAUUUGAUUCAUGAAUUUUACAAAAAGUUACUAUCAAGACCAAAAUGUGGUAACUGUAGCAUGUUUUCACCAACUUACAGAAAAGAUGGUUUCACAAAACUUUUUGAAAAUCCAUUGAAAGAAAAGCAAGUUUUAAAUAACAGAGUUAAAGGUCAUGCUCGUCAAGAUAUGUUGAAGACAAAUGGUAAAUCAAACGGUGACGAAAUGGAUGUUGAUACUCCUGCUCAGCCAGCUAAAAAAUCCACUGGUUCCAAAUAUGUCUUGAGUACAGAAGUCAGAAAUAUUAUGCGUGCUGUUUUCCAAGCUGAAUCCAACAUUUUGAAAUAUUUAUUCCAUUCAAGACCAAAAGCUACUGAAAAAGUGAACUCUGAUAUCUUCUUUUUACAAGCUAUUGUUGUUCCACCAACAAGAUUCCGUUUACCUUCAAAAUUAGGUGAUGAAAUCCAUGAAAAUUCUCAAAAUGAAUUGUUAUCUAAGGUUUUGAACACAUCAUUAUUAAUCAGAGAUUUGAACGAUCAAAUUUCAACUGUUCAAAAGGAUAAAAUCACUGCUGAAGAAAGAAAAAUCACUUUCAACAGAUUAAUGAAUGCUUUUGUCACCAUCCAAAAUGAUGUUAAUGCCUUCAUUGAUUCUACAAAGAAUCAAAAUGCUAAUGCUGCUAGAACCGCUGCUCCAGGUAUCAAACAAGCUUUAGAAAAGAAAGAAGGUUUAUUCAGAAAGCAUAUGAUGGGUAAGCGUGUUAAUUAUGCUGCUCGUUCAGUUAUUUCACCUGAUCCAAAUAUCGAAACAAAUGAAAUUGGUGUUCCUCCAGUUUUCGCUGUUAAAUUAACAUACCCAGAACCAGUCACCUCUCAUAACGUUAAUGAACUACGUCAAGCUGUUAUAAAUGGUCCAGAUAAAUGGCCAGGUGCUAUCCAAAUUCAAAAUGAAGAUGGUUCCUUGAUUUCAUUAAUUGGUAUGACCACUGAUCAACGUAAAGCUUUGGCCAAUCAACUUUUAACUCCAUCAGGUAACACCAGUCAUGUCUUGAACAAGAAAGUUUACCGUCAUAUCAAGAACAACGAUAUUGUCAUCAUGAAUCGUCAACCAACAUUACAUAAAGCCUCCAUGAUGGGUCAUAAAGUCAGAGUUUUACCAGGUGAAAAGACUUUACGUUUACAUUAUGCAAACACUAAUGCCUAUAAUGCUGAUUUCGAUGGUGAUGAAAUGAACAUGCAUUUCCCACAAAAUGAAAAUGCCAGAGCUGAAGCAUUGAAUUUAGCCAACACUGAUUCACAAUAUUUGACUCCAACUUCAGGUUCUCCAUUAAGAGGUUUGAUUCAAGAUCAUAUUUCUGCUGGUGUUUGGAUCACAAAUAAAGAUAGUUUCUUCACCAGAGAACAAUACCAACAAUAUGUUUAUGGUUGUAUACGUCCAGAAGAUGGUCAUUCUACUAGAGCUAAGCUGGUCACUGUUCCUCCAGCUAUCUUCAAACCAAUCCCAUUAUGGACCGGUAAACAAAUUAUUACUACUGUUUUGUUGAAUAUUACUCCAGUCAACAUGCCAGGUAUCAACUUGUUGUCAAAGAACAAAAUUAAAAAUGAAUAUUGGGGUGAAGGUUCAAAGGAAAAUGAAGUCUUAUUCAAAAAUGGUGAAUUGUUAUGUGGUAUUUUGGAUAAAUCACAAUAUGGUGCUUCUCAAUAUGGUAUUGUUCAUUCUUUACAUGAAGUUUAUGGUCCAUCUGUCGCUGGUAAAUCUUUAUCUGUUUUGGGUAGAUUAUUCACAAACUACAUUCAAUCUACUGCAUUUACUUGUGGUAUGGAUGAUUUACGUUUAACUGCCGAAGGUAACAAUUGGAGAAAUGAAAUUUUGUUAACUUCUGUUGAUGUUGGUCGUUUAGCUGCCACUGAAGUUACCAAUUUGGAUAAGAACACAAAGAGUACUGAUCCUAAAUUCUUGCAACGUUUGGAAGAAGUUUACCGUGAUGAUAACAAAGCUGGUAUUUUAGAUGCUGUCACACAAUCAAAAGUUAACAGUAUUACUUCUCAAGUUGUCUCCAAGUGUGUUCCAGAAGGUACUAUGAAAAGAUUCCCAUAUAAUUCAAUGCAAGCGAUGGCCUUAUCAGGUGCUAAAGGUUCUAAUGUUAAUGUUUCUCAAAUUAUGUGUCUUUUAGGUCAACAAGCUUUAGAGGGUAGACGUGUACCAGUCAUGGUCAGUGGUAAAACUUUACCUUCAUUUAAAGCUUAUGAAACUGAUGCUAGAGCUGGUGGUUAUAUUAAAGGUCGUUUCUAUUCUGGUAUCAGACCACAAGAAUAUUACUUCCAUUGUAUGGCUGGUCGUGAAGGUCUUAUUGAUACUGCUGUUAAAACUUCUAGAUCUGGUUAUUUACAACGUUGUUUGACAAAACAAUUGGAAGGUGUUCAUGUUUCUUAUGAUAACUCUGUUAGAGAUGGUGAUGGCCGUUUGGUCCAAUUUUUGUAUGGUGGUGAUGCUGUCGAUGUUACUAAAGAAUCUCAUAUGAAUCAAUUCAAAUUCUGUAUUGAUAACUAUGAUGCAUUAUUAACUAAAUAUAACCCAGGUGCUUUGAUUGAUCAUUUGGACACUGAAUCAGCUUCACGUUAUUCUAAAAAGGUUCGUAAGAGCAUGAAAAAGAACAAAGAUGUUCCACACUUUGCACAAUCCACCAAAUAUGAUCCAGUUCUUUCUGUUUACAAUCCAUCCAAAUAUUUGGGUUCUGUCUCAGAAACUUUCCAAUCUAAAUUGGAUUCAUUUAUUGAUGGAAAUCCAGAUUUAUUCAGCAAAUCUGGUUUGUCUGAUAAGAAAUUCCGUGCUUUGAUGCAACUGAAAUAUAUGAGAUCAUUAAUUAAUCCAGGUGAAUCUGUUGGUAUUAUUGCUUCUCAAUCUGUUGGUGAACCAUCCACUCAAAUGACUUUGAAUACUUUCCAUUUUGCUGGUCACGGUGCUGCUAAUGUUACAUUAGGUAUUCCACGUAUGAGAGAAAUUAUUAUGACUGCUUCUGCUGCUAUCAAGACCCCACAAAUGACAUUACCAAUCUUGGAUGAGGUUACUGAUGACCAAGCUGAUGCUUUCUGUCGUUCCAUUGCAAAAGUUGUUUUCUCAGAACUUGUUGAUAACGUUACCGUUACUGAAACUUCUGGUAACUCUGAAGAUGGUCGUGGUAAACGUUCAUAUGAUAUUGAUCUUGAAUUUUUCAACAGUGAACAAUACCAUGAAGAAUACGAUGUUUCAAAAGAACAAUUAGAACAAGUUAUUACUACUAAAUUCUUGAGAACUUUGGAAAGUGCAAUCACUAAAGAAUUGAGAAAACAAAAGAAAAUUGGUUCAGAAUCAUUACCAGAAGUUGGUAAAGCUGUUCCAAAAUCACAAACACAAAUUACUUCAGAUGAACGUAUUUCUAACAAAUCCAAUGAUAAUGAUGAUGACGAUGCUGAUGAUGAAAAAUCACGUUCCAAGACUAAACAAUCAGUUUCAUAUGAUGAACCAGAUGAUGAUGAAAUUGAAACUAUGAGAAAUGCUGAAAAAUCAUCAGAUGAAGAAAUGGAUUCAGAUAGUGAUUCAGACUCAGACUCAGACUCCGAUGAAGAAGAACCAACCAAGAGCGCUGCUACUGGUGAAUUAUCUAAAGCUGCUCGUGAUCGUCAAUCUGCUGUUUUAGGUUCACAUAGCUUGAUUACCAGAUUUAACUUUGAUGAUGUUAAUGGUAACUGGUGUAAAUUCAAACUUGAAUUAGGUGCUGGUACUCAAAAAUUACUUAUGGUUAACAUUGUUGAAGAAAUUUGUCGUAAAGUUGUUGUUAAAGAAGUUCCACACAUUGGUCGUUGUUUACAUCCACAACCUGAAGGUGGUAAACGUGUCUUAACCACUGAAGGUGUUAACUUUGGUGCUAUGUGGGACUAUGAUGAUUUCAUUGACGUUAAUGGUAUCACUUCAAAUGAUGUUGCUGCUGUUUUACGUACUUAUGGUGUUGAAGCUGCUAGAAACACUAUUGUGAAUGAAAUCAACAACGUUUUCGGUCGUUAUGCUAUCUCAGUCAGUAGCCGUCAUUUGGAUUUGAUUGGUGAUAUGAUGACCAGAGAAGGUAGUUAUCUAGCUUUCAACCGUCAAGGUAUUGAUUCAUCAACUUCUACAUUCAUGAAGAUGUCAUAUGAAACUACAUGUCAAUUCUUGACCAAAGCUGUUUUAGAUAAUGACCGUGAAGAAUUGGAGAGUCCUUCUGCUCGUAUUGUGCUGGGUAAAUUAUCUGGUGUUGGUACCGGUAGUUUUGAUUUGCUUUCACGUAUGCCAGCUACUGCUUAGGGUCUUUCAUUAAUUGGUGUUUAAGGUGGUGUUAUAAUUAAUAUU